GGGACAACGAGGCGUAUAAAGAGAUGAAGGAAUGGCAGUCGCCAUUGUACCAGUCUUCUGCCGAAGCAUAUUCCUUCACUUUAUACUGAGGCAUACAUAUAGUCACUGGUGCGUCCAGCGGCUUCGGACGGCUCAUGACGGAGCUCGUCCUCAAGAAUGGCGAUUCGGCGGUCGCUACGCUGAGAAAGCCCGAAGCCUUGGCCGAGUUGUCCUUCCAGCAUGGCGCAGGCAGGCUCCUCGUGCUCAAACUUGACGUCACAAAGCCUCAGGAGAUCCACGACGCAUUCUCCGAGGCCGUCGAGAGAUUUGGCCGCAUAGACGUCGUAUUCAACAACGCUGGCUACUCCAUGCUGAGCGAAGUCGAAGGCGCGCCAGAGGAAGCAGGUCGCGCACUCUUCGACGUCAACGUGUGGGGGGCGGUGAACGUCAGCAAUCAGGCGGUACAUGUCUUCCGAGACGUCAACAAACCCGCUGGUGGGACGCUGCUGCAGGUGUCCUCGCUUCUCGGUCUCUAUGCGUACCCAACCUUUGGUCACUACAGCGCUAGUAAAUACGCGCUGGAAGGCGUCAGUACGGCGUUAGCAGAGGAGGUUGAACCUGAAUGGAAGAUCAAGAUUGUCCUCAUCGAACCUGGCAACUUUGGGACGUCCGCGAUCAGCAACCUCGUACGCAUACCUCCGCAUCCCGCUUAUACGAAGUCGACAGCGACGACGACCAAAGUUCGCGAGUGGGUCAAAGAGGAUAGCUUCGACACGCCAGCGGACGCUGGCAAGGCCGUGGCCGCGAUAUACCGGAUCGCUCAGCUUCCUGACCCUCCACUUCACCUUGUCCUGGGCAAGGAUGCCGUGGAGCGAGUUCGGGGGAAAGCUGCCAAGUUACUCGCGGAUAUCGAUCGGUUUGCCUCUUGGUCGGAGGAUCUAGACGCGAAAGCUUGAAGAGGGGGAUCUGACUUGUUCGUGACGAUCCAGCCUCAUUGACGAUGUAAGAUUGGGCACCGCAGCUGAUAAUUUGCAUUUUUGAAUGCGUGCCAGCUUAUGACAAGCGAUGGCACAUUCGUAGUCUACUUGAGAUCGAGUGAGAAAAAAUGACAACAUCGAUGUGAGCUAUCAGGAUCAGAC